UGAUGAAAACACGUCGCACUCUUUAAGGAAGUUGCUCAAUCUCGGAAAUAACUUGUUUAAAGUGGAUACUUCAGUCAACUUAAAUGAACAACGGCGUUAGCUAUAUUGAUAUCUACUACAUGUAUUACCAAGGAUGAACCCAAUAACAUCAACUACAUUUAUUCGAAACCUUCCCUAUGGGGUUCGACGAAAUCUAUCUGACUUCUUGGACCCUCAAGAAAGUUGGAAAGAAGUUCUUGUUUCCAUUCACAAACCCACGGGGGAGCCGAGGUACUCCCAGCAACAUCUAAGGAGAUUUGAAGCAGUAGUUUUACAGGGGAGAAGCCCUACAAUGGAGUUACUGAAUGACUGGGGGACGUCUAACAGCACUGUGGGAGAGUUAGUUGACAUCCUGAUUAGCCGCAAGUUAUUGGCUGCAGCCAGUAUUCUGCUACCAGAUGCAAUAAACAGCUGCCUUCCAGCAAUCCCCCAGCCAGCUCUUGGUCACAGAGUCAAAGAGAUUGUAUACAACAGUGAUGAUACAACAAGGCCCUUUGGGAGGACAGAGGAACAGCCACUUCCAGACUGCUCUUCAGAGCCACAUAAGGAACACAAAGACACUGCAGGUUUUCUCAGGCUUUCUUUUGAUGAGCUGAGGAGGGUAACGGGUAAUUUUGAUGAGAGGCCGGUAAAUGAGGGUGGGAGCAGACUUGGUGCGGGCGGCUUCGGAACGGUCUACUAUGGCCACAUCAAUGGCAAACCUGUGGCAGUCAAGAAACUACACUCAACAGAAGAGAUCUCACUUGAGGAGCUGAGUGUCCAAUUCAAUCAGGAGAUCCAAACUCUAAUGACGCUGAAACAUGAGAACCUGGUGGAUAUGGUCGGCUUCUCCUGUGAGGGCCAUCACCCUUGUUUGCUGUAUGCCUACAUGUCCAAUGGUUCGUUGCUAGACCGGCUGGCUUGCUUGGACAACAGCCCUCUUCUUUCCUGGCACCAAAGAUGUUUGAUUGCUCUGGGAACAGCCAGAGGCUUGGAUUAUUUGCACAGGAACAGCCAUGUCCAUAGAGAUGUCAAGAGUGGCAAUAUUUUGUUGGAUAAAUCGCUUGUACCAAAAAUCUCCGACUUUGGGUUGACCCGAGCUUCGGCCACAAGAUCGUCGUCGACAGUGAUGACAGAGAGGAUUGUUGGUACAACAGCAUACAUGGCAAACGAGGCACUGAGGGGAGAGAUCACUCCCAAAUCAGACAUCUACAGUUUUGGAGUGGUGUUGCUAGAAAUAUUGUCUGGACAGCCGCCAGUCGAUGAAAACCGUGACCCCAAGUUCCUGAUGGAGAUAAAGGAUGAGAUUGACGAGGAGGAGAUGACCCUGGAGGACUUUGUAGACCAGAAGAUGACAGACUGGGACCUCCCGUCGGUGGAGAGGACCUACUCCUUAGCCAGCGAUUGUCUCAAUGACAAGAAGAACAAACGGCCGUUGACCGAACAGGUACUGUCUGAGCUUGAAGAUGUUGUCAAGAGCAUUUCACUGGAAGAGCUGGGAACUAAGUGAAGUUCAGGCAACAUUCCUUACCGCACUCUUUUUCCUCAAUGUUUGUUUGGCAAAAAACCCUAUUUGAAUCUUUCCAAAUGUAUAUUGUUGAAUUUCAGAAUGUUUCUGCCAGCUAAAUAAGCAAUAUUUAAGAUGUCAAGGCUCUGUCAAAACAUAGCAAUCAUGUAGAAUAAGAAAAGGCCAUCCAGUAUUUGAUUUGAAUACAUUUAUUUUAUUCUUUGUCAUGAAAGUUCCUAUGAGAAGGCAUUCCCUUGUCUGAAGAGGUGUUAAUCUAGUGGUUUGUCUUACAACAUUCAGUAGAGAAGGUAAUGUGGCAGAGAGGAAUUCCAUAGAAUAUUCCCUUCCCUGUUUCUGGGACCGCAAUCUUGUUUCCACACCGUAAGCUGACCCUCCUCUAAUCAGUGAUGUAAAAAACUCCCCCUGUUCUGUCACGUGCCCCCAUCGAUACCAUAGAUACAGAAACAGACGAGACCUUCAAAUCACAGACACCUACACUAUAUACAGCACUUGCAUAGAAAAACUGGUUUCUCAGCAGAUGUUUUAUGUAAACCAAUGUUAUCAAAAAAGACAUUUUCCAAUAUAAAAAAACACUGUAUUAAAAUGAAUGACAUGAGCAAAUAUACAUCUCUUUUUUUUGGGGGGGGGGGGGGGGGGGGGGUGAACCUCUUCAUAGCUGUGCACAUAUAGCAAUGGAGACAUCUGACACAAGAAACAGAAAUUGACAUGGACCUACGUAGAG